GUUGCCGGCCGGGCCUGGCGGUAACCUUGGGGUCCUCGCUGCCCGCGCAGUCACGGCUGCCGCAGGGGUGGGCUCUGCGAGUCCGAGCCUCAGCCGGGGCCAGGCCUGUGAGGUGACAGGAACCACCGGGCUGCGCAGGAGUUCGCUGAGGUUCCUGGGGAGUAGGGACCGCGGGCGCGGCGCAGCCCAGCCGACAUGUCUCUAGUGGCGGAAGCCUUCGUCUCGCAGAUCGCAGCUGCAGAACCUUGGCCUGAAAAUGCCACAUUAUAUCAGCAACUGAAAGGGGAGCAAAUUUUGCUUUCUGACAAUGCAGCUUCUCUUGCUGUGCAGGCCUUUUUGCAGAUGUGUAAUCUGCCUAUCAAAGUUAUUUGCAGAGCAAAUGCAGAAUAUAUGUCUCCAUCUGGUAAAGUACCUUUUAUUCACGUAGGAAAUCAAGUAGUAUCAGAACUUGGUCCAAUAGUCCAAUUCGUUAAAGCCAAGGGCCAUUCUCUUAGUGAUGGGCUGGAUGAAGUCCAAAAAGCAGAAAUGAAAGCCUACAUGGAAUUAGUCAACAAUAUGCUGUUGACUGCAGAGUUGUAUCUUCAGUGGUGUGAUGAAGCUACUGUAGGGGAGAUCACUCAUGCUAGGUAUGGAUCUCCUUACCCUUGGCCUCUGAACCAUAUUUUGGCCUAUCAGAAACAGUGGGAAGUCAAACGUAAGAUGAAAGCUAUUGGAUGGGGUAACAAGACUCUGGACCAGGUCUUAGAAGAUGUAGACCAGUGCUGUCAAGCUCUUUCUCAGAGACUGGGAACGCAACCAUAUUUCUUCAAUAAGCAGCCUACUGAACUAGAUGCACUGGUGUUUGGCCAUCUGUACACCAUUCUUACUACACAGUUGACCAAUGAUGAACUUUCUGAGAAGGUGAAAAACUAUAGCAACCUCCUUGCUUUCUGUAGAAGAAUUGAACAACACUAUUUUGGUAAAGGCAGCUCAUCUAUCAGAUUGUCUUAGAGUUGUAUGUUAAUUUAGUUAUUAUUUUUAAAAAGUAACUUUUGAAAUAUAUGUUACUUGAAUGAUAUAAUAGAUAAAGGUAUCAGAAUUUUAAAACCAAAAAUACUGCAUUUCAAAAACCUCAGAACAGCUUAUAUAAUGUAUCGUAUACAUGUGCUUUAUACUGUUACUUGUGUAUACAUUAAAAUAAUUUCGAAUGCUUUCAUUUGGUGUGUUGUAGUCUACAUCUUGAAAUUUUUGUUUUUUUGACAUGUACGCAUAUAACAAUAAAGCUCAAACAACUAUA